AUGCCCCAAAGUUCGUAUAAAGAUUACUACGAGAGAGACUAUCGCUACCGGGAUGAGUCGCGGUUUCAAGAUGACUACCUCUACCAAGAAGGCAGAAGAUACCGCAACAGCUACGCGGAAGAAUACUACCCCCAACCACGACUCCCGCCCAGCGCCGGCCCUCUCCCAUUACCAAUCGUAAUCCCACAACAACGCCCCGGCUCUAGAGAACGCGGCUUCAUCGCCGCCUACGCACCCUCCCUGGAGACAUGCGGUAUUGACCGCAUGACCUUCCUUCGCUUCCUCGACGAAUGCAACACAGCAGUCCAGGGCAACAAGUUCCUAGCCGGCGUCCAAGUCGUCUCCUUCGGCGUCGGCUUCACCCCCGAAAUGAUCGUAAUGGGCGUUGCAACCGCUGUCCAAGCCGGCACCUACAUCGCGAAUAAAGGCUAUGUCCGCCACAAAACCAACACCGUCCUGGACAAAUACAACCAAGAAGUCUUCGGGCCCCACGGCCUGUUCUGCAUGAUCAUGAGCUACGAGCCCGAAACCUACGACGACACCCAAUCGGGUUCGCAAUCGCAGUCCCUCUCCAGCCAGUUGGGUCGUCUUAGUUCCCUGGCCUCGGCCAAUUGGGUUAAAAACCCUGUCUCGGGAAAAUCCCAAGGCACGCAUAAUCUGCCCACCACCGUCGCACCACUGAUGUACAUCGAUGAUCGACGGCAGCAUAAAGAGCUCCUAUCUGAUCGGAGUCCGUCCGAACCUACGGGAAAGGUCAAGAAGUCCGAGAAAGCGAGGAGAGCCUUCGAGGCGGUAAAUGAUUACUUUGAUAGGAGAGCGCGGGCACAAUAUGCCGCCGAAAACACUGGCGACAUCCUCAACGUCCCCCUAUCCCGCUCUUUCAAAAGCCGAUAUCUCGACCCCAACCACCCUGCCACAAACGGGGGUCUAAUCGGCCUUCUGUCCGGCGGUGUACUAACACCCGAUCCGGAGUCGCGGAGACUCAAGGCCUUGAAACGGAUCGAGGAGGAGGAGCACCAAGUCAUGGAUCAGUAUUAUCAGCAGAUGCACAGUAUCCGGAACCAGAACCAGACGCAGAUAGAGAUUGAUCGGCAGCUGCAAAGGUGUGAGGAGGAUUAUGCGUCAAGGUUAGAGGUGUUUAGGGAGCGGAGGAGGGAGGCGCAGGGGAGCAAGCGGCAGAUUAAAAAGAAUAUUUUGUAUUUAACGAUUGUUAAUAAGCCAUCUGAGGAAGAGUUGGCGACUGCCAGUGACAAGUUGAAUCGUGGAUUUGGAAAGGGGAGGGUGGGACUUACGCAGGUUUGA